UUUGGCUUAGCGUUUUCUGGCUGCCGCUGUGAAGUAUGCCUAAGGUAGUGUCCCGGUCCGUCGUCUGCUCUGACACCCGGGACCGGGAGGAAUAUGACGACGGCGAGAAGCCCCUUCACGUCUACUACUGUUUGUGCGGCCAGAUGGUCCUGGUGCUGGACUGUCAGUUAGAGAAGUUGCCCAUGAGGCCCCGGGACCGGUCCCGUGUGAUUGAUGGUGCCAAACACGCCCACAAGUUUUGUAACACCGAAGACGAGGAGACUAUAUAUCUUCGGAGACCGGAAGGCAUUGAACGACAGUACAGGAAGAAAUGUGCAAAGUGUGGGCUGCCGCUCUUCUACCAGUCCCAGCCCAAGAAUGCUCCUGUGACCUUCAUUGUGGAUGGAGCAGUGGUCAAGUUUGGCCAGGGUUUUGGGAAAACAAACAUAUACACUCAGAAACAAGAGCCUCCUAAGAAGGUGAUGAUGACCAAGCGGACUAAAGACAUGGGCAAGUUCAGCUCUGUGACUGUGUCUACUAUUGAUGAAGAAGAAGAAGAGAUUGAGGCUAGAGAAGUUGCUGACUCGUAUGCGCAGAAUGCCAAGGUGAUUGAAAAGCAGCUGGAGCGCAAAGGCAUGAGCAAGAGGCGCCUGCAGGAGCUGGCUGAACUGGAAGCCAAGAAAGCAAAAAUGAAGGGAACCUUGAUUGACAACCAGUUCAAAUGAUCAGGACCUUUCUGUGGACCCAGGCUGGAGGCAAGCAUUUAAGAUCAGGAUGAAAAAGAGUGUUUUCUUGACUACAUGGACUUAUGCUCCAGCAGAAAGCUUUACGUGGCUUUCCAGUGAUUUAUCCUACAUUCAGUGAGGUCUUUGAGUCCAUCUGACCUGAUUUCUAGAGACAGAUUUUUCUCAGUCUUUCUGUAUUUAUGUCUUCUGUACUAUUUUUUGUUCAUUUGAUGUAAACUUCUUCAUCUGUGUAGAAGAAGCUCUAUGAAUAGAUCAAUGCUUGUGUGUCUCUAGUUUCUGAAGGAGCUGUUCUUAUUCCUUCUUCAAAGUUAAUAAAAUGUUUAAAGAUUUUUGAAAAAAGAAUAUUGUGAUGUGUCAUAGAAAAAAGCUGCAUGAGUUAUAUUUAAAGUUACAACAGGCCAGAUCCUUUUACAUGGCUCUGUCUCUGUUCUUAGACUGGCAGGUAUUGGCUAGGGUUUGAAUCUCUCCACUGUCUGAGGAAAUCCAUAACAAGCCAGAAUCUGCUUUAAGUUCCCUUUACCUCAAAUAUUAAAACUUCAGGCAAGUCAGCCCUCAUCAGACAUUGUGCUAACAGAGGGAAAAGUCAGAUUCCAGUAAGAGGGCAAGAUACCUCUGAUCUG